AUGUUGCGAAGAGCUACGGUUAUUCUCACCAAUCAAGUGCGCUUGAAUACCCUUUCGCUGUCUCGUCCAUUUGCCUCUGCUCCAGGUGCAGCAGCAAAACAAGAAAAGUGGGAUUUAUAUGCCGGUGUUCUGGUUGAGAGGCUGCCCGUUGUAUCCAAAGAGUUAAAUGCUUUAGAAAAAGAAUUCCAAGAAUAUUUGUGGCGUGUUGAAUUUGAAAAAUCUCUGAAAUCCGACAGUGAACUUCAACAUGAACGUGAUUUGAAGCAGGCUGAACUUUUAAAGAAAGGACAAGUAGAUUUGGAUGAAGCCGCAUCGAAGCAAACUGCCCAAGAUCUGAAGGAUGCAUAUACCGAAGAACUGAAUAAAUUCGAGAAAGCUUCACGUACAACAGCUGACGACAAAGCCAACAAUAUAUUGUCCACAAAUCGUUGUUUAGACGACACAUUAUACCUAUUGGUGGAACAAACCGUGGGUUCUAAAAAACAUUUCCUCCUGCCCCAAGGUCCACGUUUGGAUGGUGAAACCAUGCGCCAAGCUGCCGAACGUAUUGUACGUGAAAAAUGUGGCGACCAAUUAGAUUUGCUCUUCUACGGCAAUGCUCCCUGUGGUUUUUACAAAUAUAAGUAUCCUGCAUCAGUAAGGGAUCAAUCAGUGGGUGCUAAGGUAUUCUUUUUCAGAGCCUCGCUUAAAAAUGGAAAUGUGGAUAAAAAUAUUAGCAAAAAUUUCGCCUGGAUGCAAAAGGAUGCAUUGAGUACUAAGCUAAACAACGAACGAUAUGUUGAAAGUGUUCAAAAAUUUUUAUUUUAG